AUGGAGCGAAGAAAGAGGACCCUCACCGAACCAUUUGAACCGAAUACCAAUCCAUUUGCUGAUAAUACUGCUGUAGUAACAGAAGAUGGUGAGAACCAUGCUGAAAGAGAUGGAACUCAAUUACAAUCAAAACCAAAUGCUUUGGUGCCACCGGCACUAAAUAUUGUGCCACCGGAUACCACUGAAUAUACUACUCAUGAACAAAAAGACAACAACUUAGGUGACAACGGCAAAGAUACUUCGCUAAUCUCUAACAUAUUUCGAACUCGUAUCGGAAGGAGCAGUCAUGAGGACUUGAGCAGACCCAAACUCUCACUUCAAACAGCAUCAUUUGGUGCUGUCGAAUCAUCCAAACGUAAUCCUUCGCCUUCGGUAGGAUCUUCCAAGUUUGGUUCACAAUAUAUUGAUUUAAGUGAUGAAAGGCUGCGCAGGCGUAGCCUCAGUAAUUAUAGUCGAACGUCUAGCAGGCGAGUUUCUAAUUCACCAAGUUCAACAGAGAGGCCACCGCGGUCGGCAAAGGUUCUGUCACUAAUUGCUGCUGAUGAUAUGGAUGAUUUUGAAGAUUUGCAGAAAGGGUUCAAGAGCGUGAUAGACGAGGAGGGUUUGACAUGGCUUCCUCAAAUAAAGUCAAAUAAAAGCCAUACUGGAUCAGUUAUUGGAGGAAGCGGAGGAGAAGAGGACGAAGACCAACCAAUGCCCGAUGUCCAUACACCCAAUGUGGGAGUAAGUACAGCCGCAGGAUCAAUUCAUCUUACACCAGAACCAGGACAAAGUAAUUUAUCCGAAGACCUCGAGGGAUCUUUAAAUAACUCAAGAAAGAGAUCCAGCCCCAAGUUUUUUACUCAUUUUUCACCCCAAAAAGAAGGUAAAGAUCAGACCGAAGUUAUCGAAUACACUGAAGACAUUCCAGAUUUUGAAACCCUUCAGAAGAAAUUAGAAUCAAAACCUUUUAUUCUCUAUGGAUAUUCUCUUGGGGUUUUCUCACCCAAGAAUCUCAUAAGAAUAAAAAUUGCUCGUUGUCUGCUUCAUAGGCGCUAUUCUUUGCUGUACGACACCUUAUUAACAUUUUAUACCAUCCUCUUGGCGAUAAGAACAUACAACCCUCCCAAUGUUGUUUUUUUGUAUCGUUUCUCUAACUGGACUGAUUAUUUCAUUUUUAUAUUAUCUGCUUGUUUUACAGCCAAUGAUAUUGCCAAGAUAAUUGCUUUUGGGUUUUGGGAUGAUUCUGAAAUGUUCAAGGCGUAUGGGCAUGAGUAUAAAUCCAUCUUACAGAGAUCCGGUAUAAUGAAACUUCAUAUGUAUUUGAGAAAAAAGUAUGGCCGCAAGUUGAUAGAUUUUAUUAUUCCAUUCAAGAUGUUACCGACCGAAGAAGAAGCAAAGUAUCAGCAAAAAUCACUAAGUAUCUCUCUGACAAAACCAUAUGGUGGAACGGAAAACCGUAGGCCAUUUGGUACUCCAAGAGCAUUUGCACGAUCAUCGUGGAACAGAAUAGAUCUCGUAUCUUCGAUCAGCUUUUGGCUGGGUAUGUUUUUAUCUAUAAGGAACUAUGAUUCAAAGGCAGGCAUAAGAAUAUUCAAACCUUUAGCUAUAUUAAGAAUUCUUCGACUUGUUAAUAUAGAUACUGGUAUGCCUUCAAUUUUAAGAGGACUAAAGUACGGUAUUCCGCAAUUGAUUAAUGUUAGUUCCAUGCUAGUAUACUUUUGGAUUUUCUUUGGAAUUUUAGGAGUGCAACUAUAUCAGGGUUCUUUUCGGCGGCAGUGUGUAUGGUUCAAUCCUGAUGACUCCACUGAUACUUAUCAAUACGACAUGCAGUUCUGUGGCGGUUAUAUUGAUGCAGUAACAAAACAAAAACAAAAUUAUAUCUAUGAGGACGGAUCCGAAGGUUCUGUUUCGAAAGGGUUUCUUUGCCCACAGUAUUCUAAAUGUAUCUCCAAUGCCAAUCCAUAUAAUGGUAGAAUCAGCUUCGAUAACAUCGUCAAUUCGAUGGAACUGGUUUUUGUUAUCAUGAGUGCAAAUACCUUUACUGAUUUAAUGUAUUACACGAUGGAUUCAGAUGAAACAGCUGCUUGUUUGUUCUUUAUUGUCUGCAUUUUUGUUUUAACUAUCUGGCUGCUGAAUUUACUUAUUGCAGUUCUGGUAUCAUCUUUUGAAAUAGCAAACGAAGAGUACAAAAAGAAGAGAAUUCUCUAUGGUUCGAGGAAAACAGGUUAUGUAGCUCGUUUAGUAACAGGUUAUUGGAAAUAUUUCAAACUGAAAGCAAGUCAAACUGAGUUCCCAAAUUGGUCUAAACAAGGACUAAAAAUCUACUCCCGUGUAGAGCUGAUCUUUGUAAUACUUAUUAUCAUAGAUAUAGGUAUGCGUGCCUCCGUUAAUGAAUCAACUUCCACCGACUAUAACAAUAUCCUUUUAAAAACUGAUAGAGGAAUUUCAAUUGUACUUUUCCUUGAAUCACUAGCAAGGUUAAUACUAUAUCUUCCUAACAUGUGGAAGUUUUUGACUAAACCGAAUUACGUUUACGAUUUUGUCAUAUCGAUAGUAACUCUGAUUAUUAGCUGCCUGGAAGUUGAAGGAGUUUUGGGACAUGCCUACGCCUGGCUAUCCAUAUUUCACAUAUCCAGAUUUUAUAGAGUGAUCAUCUCCUUCAACUUAACAAAAAAACUGUGGAAACAGAUAUUGAGCAACGGUGUCAUGAUUUGGAAUCUAUCGUCAUUUUACUUUUUCUUCACCUUUUUGGUUGCUAUAGUCAUGGCUGUGUACUUUGAAGGCAUAAUACCCUCAGACGAAAUGACAGAUGAGCCGUUUGGAAUGUAUUCAUUACCAAAUUCAUUCCUGUCUUUGUUUAUAGUAGGUUCGACUGAAAAUUGGACAGACAUACUGUAUGCGCUUCAAAAACACUCUCCCAAUAUUUCUUCAGCUUUUUUUUGCUCAGUAUUCUUCAUUAUAUGGUUUCUCCUCUCCAAUUCAGUGAUAUUAAACAUUUUCAUCGCAUUAAUAUCGGAAAGUAUGGAAGUGAAAGAAGAGGAGAAGAGACCACAACAAAUUAAACAUUAUCUUAAGUUUGUAUAUCCCCAAAAGAUCCAAGAAUAUACACACGCCAGCUUGAUAGCAAGAAUCAGGAAGAAAUUCUUUGGAAGUAGUAAAAACGAAGACACAAGGGACUUUAAACAGUUCCUCAUGAGAGGAACUGCUAUUAUGAAUAUAGCACAAAAUAUGGAGGGAUUAGCCGAUGAGUUCAAAGAAUCUCCAUCAGAAAAUGAAAUUAAAAAGGGUUUAUCAAAGCUCACAAUAGGGCUUCCAUCACUGAAAAGGUUGAGAAUGUUCGCUAAUAAUCCAUUUUAUAAAAAGAGUGACGUUGUAUUUACGAAAUCCCACGACCUCAAUGGAAGAACCUAUAUUUUGGAGCUGAACGAAUAUGAGGAUGAAAAACUAGAUUACUUGAAAAGGUAUCCUUUAUUCAAUUAUUCAUAUUAUUUCUUUUCUCCUCAGCAUAGAUUUCGGAAGUUUUGUCAACGUCUAGUACCUCCCAGUACUGGCAAAAGAACUGAUGGCACACGAUUUUUCGAAGAUAGUACAGAUCUUUACGAUAAGAGAAACUAUUUUCAUCACAUUGAAAGGGAUGUUUUUGUUUUCAUUUUUGCGCUUGCCACCAUUUUGCUGAUCGUUUGUUCCUGCUACGUCACGCCGUUAUAUCGUAUGCAUCACCAGAUGGGAACCUGGAAUUGGUCUUCUGCUUUAGAUUGUGCUUUCAUCGGCGCCUUUUCCAUAGAGUUUAUUGUAAAAACUGUUGCAGAUGGGUUUUUGUAUUCUCCAAAUGCAUACUUGAGAAACCCAUGGAACUUCAUUGAUUUUUGUGUCCUUGUUUCAAUGUGGAUUAAUUUGACUGCCUACCUGAAGAACAAUGGGAAUCUGUCCAGAAUUUUUAAAGGGUUGACGGCUCUGAGAGCACUUAGAUGCCUGACAAUUAGUAAUACGGCACGCCAAACAUUUAACCUUGUUAUGUUUGACGGUUUAAAUAAAAUCUUUGAAGCAGGGUUGAUCUCACUGAGCUUACUGUUUCCGUUCACAGUUUGGGGUUUAAGUAUCUUCAAAGGCCGCUUAGGUACUUGCAAUGAUGGAAAUUUGGGCCGUACAGAAUGUUACAACGAAUAUUCAAAUUCUGUAUUCCAAUGGGAAAUCAUGUCUCCAAGGGUUUACCAGCAGCCACAUCUUCAUUUAGAUUCUUUCGCAAGCGCGUUCAGUUCAUUGUACCAAAUUAUUUCUUUGGAAGGAUGGGUAGACUUGUUGGAAAACAUGAUGAACAGCUCAGGAAUUGGUACGCCAGCUACAGUGAUGGGUUCAGCGGGGAAUGCUUUAUUUCUAGUUUUGUUUAAUUUCCUGAGUAUGGUUUUCAUUUUAAAUCUGUUUGUUUCAUUCAUUGUUAAUAACCAAGCAAGGACAACGGGAAGCGCAUACUAUACUAUUGAAGAAAAAGCAUGGUUGGAAUCUCAAAAACUUUUAUCUCAAGCCAAACCAAAAGCGAUUCCCAAUUUGAUAGACUCAUCCAGAUUUAGGCAAUUCCUUUAUCAACUUGCUGUCGAAAAAAAGAACUUUUAUUAUGCGUCGUUUUUACAAAUAGUACUUUACAUGCACAUAGUUAUGCUGCUGAGUCGUAGCUACGACCCUAGAAAUAUAAUAGGCUAUCAAGGCGUUUAUUUUAUGUUUUCCACGAGCGUCUUCCUGAUUCAGGAAUCAUUUCACAUGUGCGGCGAAGGACCAAGGUUGUAUUUCAGGCAAAAAUGGAAUAGUAUACGACUAAGCAUCAUCAUUAUAGCAUUCACCAUGAACACCAUAGCAUUCCAGGUUCCAGCUUCUCACUAUUGGUUUCACAAUGUCAAAGGAUUUUUCCUGCUGGUCAUUUUUUUAUUCGUUAUUCCUCAAAAUGACAUAUUGACUGAGCUAUUAGAGACUGCAAUGGCAAGUUUACCCCCUAUUCUAUCACUAACCUACACUUGGGGAGUUCUAUUCUUGGUUUAUGCUAUAGCUUUGAACCAGAUUUUUGGUCUAACAAGAUUAGGAAGCAAUACGACGGAUAACAUAAACUUUAGGACAGUCAUCAAAUCCAUGAUUGUUUUGUUUAGAUGUAGUUUUGGCGAAGGCUGGAACUAUAUCAUGGAUGACUUGACCGUAUCCGAACCUUAUUGUUCGGCUAAUGAUAGUUCAACAUAUACGGAUUGUGGAUCAGAGACAUAUGCAUAUUUAUUGCUAAUGUCAUGGAAUAUAAUUUCAAUGUAUAUCUUUGUGAACAUGUUUGUUUCACUUAUUAUUGGUAAUUUCAGCUAUGUUUACCGUAGUGGCGGGUCUAGCUCAGGUAUCAAUAGAUCAGAAAUCAAAAAAUUCAUAGAAGCGUGGUCAAAAUUUGAUACAGAUGGAACCGGUGAACUUGAGUUGUCCUACCUCCCAAGGAUAAUGCAUUCUUUUGACGGCCCCCUUUCAUUCAAGACUUGGGAAGGUCGAUUGACUAUAAAAAAUCUAGUCAAGAACUAUAUGGAGAUAAACCCAGAUGAUCCGUAUGAUGUCAAUAUAGACCUGAUCGGAUUGAAUAAAGAAUUGAACACAAUCAAUAGAGCAAAGAUCAUACAAAGAAAAUUGCAAUACAGAAGAUUUGUCCAAAGCAUACAUUACACCAAUGCGUACAGUGGGUGUAUCAGGUUUUCGGAUUUAUUGCUACAAAUACCUCUCUACACCGCUUACUCUGCGAGGGAGUGUUUAGGUAUUGACCAAUAUGUGCAUCACUUGUAUAUUUUGGGUAAAGUAGACAAAUUUCUGGAAAAUCAAAGAAACUUUGAUAUUCUAGAAAUGGUGGUGACAAGGUGGAAAUUCCAUUGUAGGAUGAAACAUACUAUUGAGCCUGAUGUGGAUGCCAAAGAUCAUCAAAAUAAUACUUCAAACAUUGAUUUAAGUAAAGAAUCUGCUACAGAAAAUAUAGAGAGAGAACCCGUCGCAACACCUAGAAUGGACUACGGUGUUAACAGUUUUAUGUGGUCCCCAAGAAUUAAUCAGGGUUCAACGGUUGGACUGCCAGAAAGACAAGAAGACAAAAGUGUUGAUUAA